GUGGAAUGCCGGUAGAGAACUGGAAGUAUUUAGUGGCCUCAGGUGGGCUGCAGGUGGCAGCAUCAGCAUCAGCAUCAGCAUCAUCAGUUGAAAGUGAUAAAGCCUGGGUCUCAGAGCUGAAGGGGCAGCAGAGGCGGCAGGUUUGCAUUGUCAGGUCCUGCCGCCGACCAGAGUACGGAAUGCAGAUGGCUCUAGCGGCGCUCGUCACCUUGAGCCGAAACCUCGUGGUCGCUUGCUUCCUCCUUGUGUCCCAAGCCAGGUCAUCAGCAGAUGCUAUUAGAAGCAUCCAAGUCUCAGGAUUGAAUGAGACAAAAGUGAUGCAAAGUGUGACCUUCUCUCUGCAUAUCACUGGGAGUUCUCCUCUGACUUUAUGCUGGCUCAUCAAGCCAGACUGUGUUCUACUAGAAGGAAAUGAGUGCCACCUGGUGGUGGUAAAUAGUACCUCUUACAACGUGAACCACACCUUCAAGGAUCCAGGACAGUAUUGUCUCAGCGUCAGAGUCCAGUAUGGCAUCAAUUAUCUGCAUCAAUAUCACCUGAUUAAAGUGUGGGCCACUGGCAUCCAUCCAGCUCUCUUUGUUUUGCCCUGUGUCUUACUCAUCUUGGGAAUGGUGAGUUUCAUCGUGUAUGUGACCUACCGGAAUAGCACCCAGCAGAAGGACCUGGUGGAGGUAGCUGAUUUUGACUUUUCCCCAAUGUCUGACAAGAGUCUGGCUGGUUCGGAGCCUGAAAGAUGCUGUAUGAGGCUGUGCUGCCACUGUUUCCUCUGCCCACUGUCACAUCAUCAGAAGACCAUCAGAGAGUCUCAUGGGCUGCUGCAUCCUUUCUAUAAGCCAGUCAAAAGCUAUUCGGUGUGAAUGACAAACCUAGUGGGUCUGUUUAAGUUUUAAGUGUUUGCUGACUUCAAGCCUUGGAUAGAGUUCAGAGCAUCUGCUGGCAUAUGUGGUUUAUUUUUGCAGAGCUAUUUGAAAUCUAAAAACUUGAUGCAGUCCAGUAACAUAGAACUAUCCCUUAUUAGCACUUUCUCAUGGGAACUGAAAACAUGUCUAAUUGCCUCAAAUAUUUGAUAUUCACUCAGAUGGGUGUGGCACAGCUGCAAUGUGUCCUGGCCUUUUGUCCCUGGGACUCUCUAGGUGCACAUGUUUACCUACCAAUUCACCCACCAAUGGCUGACCAAUUAUUAACCAUUUUAAAAAAUGUGAGGAAUAAGACUAAUUUAAAAAACAACAUACCUUCUAAUAUGUUCCUCCUCUGGCAGUAAAUCUGCAGCUGCUUUAGGGGGAAGUAUGGAUUCAUGGUCAUUGGUAAGGGGAAUUCCCAGGAGAGAAAACUCCUUUUACCGGAGAAGAUUAGCACCUUCUCUGUAGUUUACAAUCUUUGAGAGCUGCCUUGAGCAAAGAGAGAUUAAGUGACUUGCUCUAGGUACAUCAGAAGUGAGACUUGAAACUGGGUCUUCCCGCAGCAAGGGCAGCUCUCUAUCCAUCUUGCCAAGCUGCUUCUCAUGUAGUUGCCUUAUAGGGCAUAAUAGUGGCUAUUCUAACCCUGGCUUGUAUUAGAACUAAAAUGGAAAGAAGUCAGACUUUGCCACAGCAUUAAGAGGCCUCACCCACCUGACUUCCCAAUGCUCACAGUCCCUGCCUUGCAUCAUGUUGCUUCUGAGCUAACCUAUUCCCAGAAAUUUCCCUGCCAUGCCAGGGCUGUCUACCUGCAUUGUUCAGAAAGAAUUAGUAGCAGCAAACAAGUUUGGGUACCUUCUUUACUUGAAGGUCUCCCACCCAUAGUUGGGGAUACAGUCUAGGUCACAGGUACUUGGUAGUGGAAACUCAGGGCUGUUUGUGCUGCUCUCCCAUCUGUGACUCUGGCGAUCUUGAAUUUCAUUUGAGUAAAAUGCCUUUCAAUACUGCAAAACCCAACGCCUAGAUGGAAACAACCCCCCUGACAGACGAAUCUAUACCUCUGCCAUUUGCCUCAGUGACUCAGAACUGUGGAAGAAGGCAUGAAAAAUCCAGACAGAAGGAAUUGAAAACAGUUUAAGAUAGAGUCCUGAGACUAGUGGAACGAAACGUGUUGGCAGGAGACCCUGUUCUCUUUUCUUUGCAGGUCAGUGACCUGGAAAAGGAAUGUACAGCAGGGUGGUGCAUUCACUGAUUCAGAGCCAAGAGGAGAAAGCAAUUAAGUGCUGCUGCUGAUCACAGUAGAAGUACAUAAGUCACCGGAGCAGCCAAGCGAGCCAAAUGUUGGGGGAAUGAGACUAGGGACUGGGAGACAUUACCAGGAGAUAUUGCUGCUGUAAUUGCAUCCUACCAGACAUCAGCAAAGUGGUGUUAAUACUGUCAUGUGGUUCAUUAUCAAGAAAUACUGGUACUACUGCCAAAAUAAAGCUCCUACACUCUGAAUAUA